CUUGCUAAAACUUUGGGCGCUCUGGAGUCAAUUAUAAAUGGUGCACGUGUAACUUCAGUUCGUCACGAGGCUCCGCAGAGGAGACAAACGCUGGCUGAAAAUGGCCUCAAGGAGUUAUCCACAAAAAACGGUGAUCCUUUUGGUUUGUUCGGUGAGCCGGCAUUGGGCUCUGUCACCCUAGAUUUACUUGACACGAGAGGAUAA